UUGGCGGUUUCGGUUUGUCCAUUCCGUUGUGAUAGCAUUAUAAUGGGCUUAUUUUGUAACAAAUUAAUUUAAGUUUAAAUUAAUUAGUAUAAAUUUAAAACUAUGUCAUUAAUUUUGUAAAAGUUGUAGUGCGUUUAUACAAAAUAUUCAUAUUAUUACACUAUUUUGUACUUCCUAUUAAACAAUGAAUUCCACCGGCCUUAUAAUUUCUUUAUUAGUGAUCUUAGUCCACGCAUUCGUCUUCGUAUCAACCGAUUCUGAUCUACCAAAGCGAGAUGAAAAGAAAGCAAAAGGAGUUACAACUUUUGUAACCGCUAAGUGGGAGUCAACACCGAUAGUCUUAGAACUUGCUGAAUAUCUUUCGGGCGAAAGUUCUGAUCUGUUUUGGUCAUUUGUUGACGGCGUUAACUCCUUAAAAUCUCCCUUACAAGGUUUAGCGACCGACAAAGAAGUUUAUGAUACAUGUAUUGGUAUUGCAAGUACAUUGCUGGUGCCGGCUCAGUUGAGGAUGGCAAAACUGGCACUGUCCAUGCAUUUGACCUCCCCAGCUGUUCGUAUGUUCGAUGAGAUUGCCACACAAAAUGGUGCUAAAGAUGUACAAUGUGAGGAGUAUGUACAUAUUGCAUCAAGGAAAAUUUGUGAUACUGAUACCUUGCGUGACAUACUUAAAGCACAUAAACAAUAUAAUCCUGAGGAACAUAGCUUAGAGACAUAUUUAUUGGACCACUCUUAUCCUAGUAGUGACAAUAAAACUCUUACAGCUAUUUUAUAUGGAGAACUUGGAACUGUUGAAUUUGCUAACAAGCAUAAAAUACUUGCUACAUAUGCAGAUAUGGGUGCAAUCAAUUAUGUUGUAAGAUGGAAUGUAAAGCCUAGAGGUGGACCUAAAUUGCGUCUGUCUGGCUAUGGAGUGGAGUUACAGCUGAAAAGCACAGAAUAUAAAAGCCAGGACGAUACAACACCCAAAGAGACUGAUGCUGGUGAAGCUGCAGAGCCAUCUGUUGAAGAAGAUGAAAAUGAUCCUCAGAAUCAAAUUGAUGGUUUUAACUUUGGAAGACUCAAGAAUUUAUUCCCUGCCCUGCGCACACCAUUAGAGCGGUUUCGUCGUCAUCUGUCGGAGUCCAGCGAGGAGCUGGCGCCACUCAAGGUGUGGCAGAUGCAGGCACUCAGCAUGCAGGCAGCUGCCGCUGUCGUCGACGCCAACGAUGCCGGCGGCGACGAGGCGCUCAAAGUGCUCACAUCUAUUGCACAGAACUUCCCAAUGCAGACAAAGUCCCUCAUUCACGUGAACGUGCCUCGUUCAUUCCGCGACGAGGUGCUGUACAACCAGGACGUGUGGGCGUCGUCGCUGGGGUUGCGCGGCGCGGAGCCGCUGCUCCUGGUCUCGGGCGCGCAGUACGACGCCGAGGAGGUGGACGUGAUGGCCCUCCUCGCUGCGCUCCGGGAGGACGUCGGACCUAUGAAUACCUUGCAUGCACUUGGUUUACCAAAAAACCUUAUCAACAAAUUGAUGUCAUUGGAACUGGGCGAGGCGUACACUUGGGAGGAGUACGGACUGGACAUCCGCGACUCGGCCAUCACAUGGCUGAAUGACCUGGAGACAGACGAUCGUUACAGACGCUGGCCUUCGUCCUUCAUGGAGCUGUUGAGGCCUACAUACCCCGGAAUGCUCAGGAAUUUGAGACGAAACAUUUAUAAUUAUUUGAUCGUGAUCGACCCGACGUCAACAUUAUCGGGGCCGCCGCUAAAGUUGGGCGAGACUUUACUGAAGCAUGCGACGCCGGUGCGUGUCGGCCUCGUGCUAGCCCCCGGCAGUGACGCCGCGCUCUCCGCCGCCGUACGCUCCGCAUUUAACUAUAUAGCGCAGGAUAAAAACUCUAAUAAAGAAGCCUUCUAUUUCCUAACACAGUUGAUAAGUUCGUGUGAAAAUGAUCAAAUGACUUUAGAGCACGUCAAAAAGAACCUUAAAAAAUAUGCGAGCUCCGGCACCAAUGUAGACGAGAUUGUUUACGAGGACUCUGAGUAUAAUUUCGGUCAUCAAUUGGCUGAGGAAUUCCUUUUCAAGAUAGCUAGCGACAAGUAUCCCUUGGUGCUUAUCAAUGGAGUGCCGCUGUGGGACGACGGGUCUCCGACACCGGCUACGUCGUCUGUGGAGCUGCUGGAAGAAGCGCUGGUGAGCGCACUGGCGCGACACACGGCGCGGCUGCAGCGCUCAGUAUUCCGCUCGGAACUAUCUGACACUGAUGACGCACUCGACUACCUCAUGAAGCAACCGCAUAUUAUGCCCAGACUAAAUCGUCAGGUGCUAGCAUCAGAACCAACGCAAUAUUUAGAUCUAUCAGGAGUGCCUUCCUCACCUGAACUGUUCACAGAAGAUAGACUACAUCGCUUGAUGCAUUUGACAGGACGCGACGCUUUAGCCACCGCUUUACCGAUCUUGAAAUAUUUCCUAAAAAGUGGCAAACCCGAGAAGAUAACGCAAACAAUUUGGGUAGUUGGAGAUCUAAAUGAGAAGGAAUCCAGAGAUCUGCUAAGAAAUGCGAUUACAUUUAUGAGAGAGACUGGGGGCGUGCGUGUGGCAUUCAUACCGAAUGUGGAGGGCGGGUCCGCGGACCAGUCCCUCAACAAGGUAGUGUUGGCCGCACUCGCCACCUUGGAGCCCGCUAAAGCCACAAAGUACGUCACCACGCUGCUAGAAGACGAAGGCUGUCAUGAGAGACAGGACUGUGAUAUACUGCCAGAACUGGUGCCAGUACUAAACAAACUGGAGUGGGUGCUGAAAGCGACGCGUGUGUUGUGCGCGCGCGGCAUGCGGCUGCGAGUCGGCGCGCGCGCACUUGUACAUAACGCACGGAUCAUCGGACCAUUUGAGGAUAAGCUCGGGUUCUCUAUGGACGACUUCUUGUUGUUGGACAGGUUCAGUAAUCAAGUGUACGGCGACAAAAUUGCUGAAGUGCUUCUUAAGAAAAAGACCACAGUUGAAAACGAUGUUUUUGAUGAAAGUAUAACAGUGGAUAUUCCGGAGCUAUCAGCGGACGAGUACCUGAAGGUGAUAUCGGUGCUGGCGUCGCGCAGCCCCAAGAGCCGCACUCCGCUGCCGCAGGGGCUGCGUACGGAGCACUCGCUGGUCGACCUGCCCCCGCAGUACGCCGACGAAGCAGCCAUCGAGAUAGUAGCGGUGCUGGACCCGGCGUCGACAGCGGCGCAGCGCCUGGCGCCGCUGUUGCUGGUGCUGCGGCGCGUCGUCAACUGCCGCCUCAAGCUCUUCCUCAACCCGCAGGAUAAGAACUCCGACAUGCCGCUAAAGAGCUUCUACCGCUACGUGCUGGAGCCGGAGCUGCAGUUCACAGCUGGUGGUGCGCUGAGCGGCGGCGCACUGGCGAGGUUCUCGCGGCUGCCGCAAGCGCCGCUGCUGUCGCUGGAGCUGCGCACGCCGCCCAACUGGCUCGUAGAGUGCGUGCGCUCCGUCUACGACCUCGACAACAUACGACUUGCCGAUGUAGACUCGCUCGUCCACAGUGAAUUCGAACUAGAGUACCUACUGCUGGAAGGUCACGCGUGGGACACGACGCUGGGCACGCCGCCGCGGGGGCUACAGCUGAUCCUAGGCAGCCGCGAGCAGCCCGAGCUGAUGGACACCAUCGUGAUGGCCAACCUCGGCUACUUCCAGCUCAAGGCCAACCCCGGCGCCUGGACGCUGCGUCUCAGACCUGGACGUUCUGAGGACAUUUACGAAAUUGUUGGUCACGAGAACACGGAGAUGACGGCGGGCAACAGCGACAUCCAGGUGCUGCUGGGCUCGUUCCGCAGCCACGUGGUGAAGCUGCGCGUCAGCAAGCGCGCCGGCAGCCAGCACCUCGACCUGCUCGCUGACAAUGAGGACGCUAACGCAGGCGGCAUUUGGAACUCCAUUGCCAGUUCGUUUGGUGGUGGUGGAGGGGUUGGCGAGGAGGCGGAGGGUGCGGAGGAGACGAUCAACGUGUUCUCAGUGGCGUCGGGGCACCUGUACGAGCGCUUCCUGCGCAUCAUGAUGUUGUCUGUCCUGAAGCACACCAAGUCGCCUGUCAAGUUCUGGUUCCUCAAAAACUAUCUGAGUCCAUCCCUAAAGGAUAUAUUGCCGUACAUGGCGCAGGAGUACGGGUUCGAGUACGAGCUGGUGCAGUACCAGUGGCCGCGCUGGCUGCAGCGACAACGCGACCGCCAGCGCACCAUCUGGGGAUAUAAGAUCCUUUUCCUUGACGUGCUCUUCCCUCUGCACGUCAAGAAGAUCAUCUUCGUUGAUGCUGAUCAGAUUGUGAGGGCCGAUUUGAAAGAGUUGGUGGAAUUGGAUCUGGGUGGGGCGCCGUAUGGAUACACGCCCUUCUGUGACAGCAGAAAAGAAAUGGAAGGUUUUAGAUUCUGGAAGCAGGGUUAUUGGCGCAAUCACCUGCAAGGACGUAGCUACCAUAUCAGCGCCUUGUACGUGGUCGAUCUGAAGCGGUUCCGGCGCAUCGCAGCCGGUGACCGUCUGCGCGGACAGUACCAGGCCCUCAGUCAGGACCCUAACAGCCUCUCAAAUCUCGAUCAAGAUCUCCCGAAUAACAUGAUCCACCAGGUGGCGAUAAAGUCUCUGCCCCAGGAGUGGCUCUGGUGUGAGACCUGGUGCGAUGAUAAUUCCAAGAAAUACGCCAAGACUAUUGAUUUGUGCAACAAUCCGAUGACGAAGGAGGCGAAGCUGUCAGCGGCGAUGCGCAUCGUGCCCGAGUGGCGCGAGUACGACGGCGAGGUGCGAGCUCUGCAGGCGCGCGUACGUCGCGGACUGUACCAGCACACGGACACAGACCAGGAGAGACAUCUGCAUGACGCAGGUAAAGAACACGAGCAUACAGAGUUAUGAUGUAAUAAAAAAAUUAGAACUUUUAGUUAUUCCAAUUUUUGUUGAAAGGUUGUAAGAUUGUGAAUAAGAUGUGUUAUGAUGUAGCGAUAUGAACACAGUGCGAGAAUUUAUUGUAAAAGACUUUGAAAAUUCAUUUUCUUUUUUCCUUCUCUGUGUAUAUUUUCUUGUGAUUAUAUUUUGACGCCAUUUCCAUUAACAGUGUUAUUGAUAUUUGUGUAAGUUUAAGUGAUAUGAUUCCUAGUAACUAAGCGAUGUUAUAUUCUUCUCAAUACAGCAUGGUGCAAAUAACAAAGCGUUCAUUUCACUUUGUGAAACAUAUUU